CCGCCUUUCCGUAUCACUAACUAUUCUUUUACGAACUUCCGACAUCCUCGGAAUUUAUCCGACGGCACUCACGCGCGUAUAAAAAACUUUAAACGAAAUAUAUCACUGCGACGAUCGACUCGUAUGAAACAACAGCAUAUUUACAUGUUUAAAUGAUUAAUCGAACGGAGCGGACGUGACAGACAACUAUCAUACUUGCGCAAACCAAACUGACAGGUUACCGCAGGGUAUAAUCAUCGUUGACUGUUCGGCUCGCCUCGAGCAUCUCCGGAAAAUCAAUGAUUAAAAAAAAUUCAACGAAAUUUAAUGCUUUGUCCACAACAUGUGUUGCAACCAGUAAUCAAUCAUUUAUAUACUGUUUGUAUAAAAUAGUAUUUUAGGUACAACACUUUGAUGAAUGAAUUCAAAUUUGCAUACAUCGUUUCGUCACGAUUUUUAUUUCUUAAAAUCUUAGUUUCUCCAACACGCAAGGCAGCGCUAAAUCAUAGCCAACUUGGCUUAGCUACGUCUUGUUAAUGAUUGUUAAAAUGGACCGGAGAUGUAACAUUUGUAAAAUCCUUGCCUUGGACGCGUUGCAUUAAAACAUGAAAGGUAUCAUCAAGAAAUAGUACAUUCCAAACUGUUUGAGUAUUUCGGGCGAAUAAGCAUUUCAUACUCCAAGCUGUAAUAGCGUCGGCAACAUGACAUUACCUGGGAUCGGAGUGUUUGGUACAGGAAGCAUCGUCAGGAUUAUCAUCCCUUUUUUGAGAGAGAAGGGUUUUCGAAUCGAAGCUAUAUGGGGACGCACGCUGGCAGAGGUGUCAGAAGUCGCGACCGACCUGGAGAUACCGUUUCAUACUAGUCGAAUCGACGACGUGCUUCUUAGGAAGGAUGUCGAUUUAAUUUUCAUCAUGUGUUCACCGAGUUUGCAUGCACAAAUUGCUGUGAAAGCAUUAGGAAUAGGGAAGCACGUCGUGUGCGAUAAACCUGCAGGCUUGAGUCAAAGCGAAGCACUGAAAAUGGUACGAGCUGCACAAUAUUAUCCUUCUCUGAUAAGCAUCGUCAAUCAUAGUUUAAGAUUUCUACCAGCGUUCGUUCAUAUGAAGAAAGCUUUGGAAGAAGGCUAUUUGAACGGCCCUGUAAAUGUUAUAGAAGUCAGAGUACACAUGGGAAGUUUGUUACACGAUGGCUACGACUGGCUGUGCGACGAUACGAUGGGAGGAGGAAUAUUGGCAUUAGUCGGCAGUCACGUGAUAGAUCUAAUUUUUCAUUUGAUCAAUCGUCGUGCUACAAGAGUACACGCCGUGGUCAAGACUUUUACUCAAACUACGAAACAUAUAAAUGGUAUCAGGCAUGUUACGUCUCCAGAUUUCUGUAGCUUCCAAAUGGAAUUGAACGGUGGUACACUAGUAACAGCGACGUUGAGUAAUCACUUGCAAGGCCAACUUUCUCAAGAAGUAUUAAUAUGCGGAGGCGGUAAUCAUCUUCUCGUACGCGGAGGAGAUUUACUUGGUUGUCGCAACGGACAGGAAGAAAUGCUGUUUCGUGACAUGGACGAUUUACAAGACAUAUCUUUCCCGAUUUCCGACUCUAUUCCAAGACCGUACAUCAAGGGGCUGAGAAAAAUGAUCACUGCGUUGAGGGAAGCUUUCCAAUCUGUCGAAGACAAGAAGGGAUGGGUGAAGGAGCCAGUGUUCUCUGCAUCGUCCUUCGAAGACGGAUUAUACGUACAAGCAGUUAUUGACGCUCUAAGACAGAGUAAUAAACGUCGAGAGUGGGUGAAAGUGAAUAUCUUAACUGAAGAACCAGAUCCAAACCCUUUGCUAAGUGCAGCUGUUCGAGCUACGGCUAUAUCGAUAUAAAGUAAAUCUCUAAACAAGUUUAUAACUAAUUAAAAGAGUAUUCUGGUUUUGAACUUCUUCGAACAAUUUCUAAUAAUCUUUUUAAAAGAACUAUCGAAGAUUUUCCAUGUACAUUGAUGGGUAUUCAAAGUACAUAAUGAAUAUUUUUGCCAACAGUUAAUGAAAAAAGACGAUGGCAUAGUUCUUUUAAAAAAUGCAGAAGUCUAACAAAUAGCAGAUUAAAAUUUUACAGUUAUUGCUUGGAAGGCAGCUAUUAUUGUUGAAUACGAUGUAAAGUAUUCGUUUUACACUGUAAAUGUAUAUGUAUAUUUUAAAUAAUGUAUAGCUCUGUCCGUGUUUCAGUAGAGAUAGCUAAUUUAUAAAUAACACACGUAGAGCUAAGCUAUCACUUUAAACUAAUUUAUAUUCACAUGAACAUUAAAUAAAUUUUACUGUAAAUAAAAUUUUUUAUUUUUUGCUAA